UAAAGCGCCAGUUAAUACCGAUCUUUGUUUGAAAAAGGUUCUUAAAUGAUAAGCUUCUGGACAAAAGUGAAUUUAAUUCGUUCUGAAUAGAUUUUUGCGGUUUCUAAAUAUAAACGAACUGAUCUCAAUAAUAAUGUCAUCCGUUGAAAUUAAACACGAUAUAGAUCUUGAGCCUGAGUUGCCAGAGGAGAUCCAAAAGAUAGCCAAAGAACAGGGUGAAUGUGAUGAUACAAAACUACAGAUCAUUGACGACUUUCGCAGGUACAUCCUAGAACAUGACAACUGUAAGCCCCACCGCACUGAUGAUGACUAUUUGCAGAAAUUUCUACGUGCACGCUAUUGGGACGUGGAGAGCAGUUUCGAAUUGAUGGUCAAUUAUUGCAAAUUUCGUGAGCAGAAUAAGACAUAUUAUGAAAAAGUGAGGCCGCUGCAGCUAAAAUCCUUAGGCGAUGAGGAUAUUAUAACAGUAACACCAUAUCGGGAUCAAAAAGGGCAUCGUAUUUUGAUUUAUCGUUUCGGUGCAUGGAAACCAGGCAAAAUCUCUGUCGACGAUAUAUUUCGUGCCACGAUCAUUCUACUCGAAUUGGGCUCGUUAGAGCCAAUUGCACAGGUGAUAGGCGGAAUAGGCAUAUUCGACUUGAAAGAUCUCUCUUUGAGCCAUGUAUUUCACUUAAGUCCAAGCGUGGUGCAGAAAAUGAUCGCUUUAUUAGUGACAUCUAUGCCAGUAAGAACUUCAGCCCUGCACAUUGUAAAUCAAAAUUGGGCGUUCAAUGCUGCAUACAACAUGUUUAAGCCAUUUAUGAAUGCCGCGAUGAAGGAACGUUUGUUCAUACAUGGCUCGGAUAUGAAGUCACUUCAUAAGCAUAUAAGCCCGAAUCACUUGCCAAAGAGGUAUGGUGGUGUACAUGAUGAUUACCCGUAUCAACUAUGGAUGGACAAUCUGAUCGAUAACCAGAGAAUACACAAGGAGUUAGGCCAGUUGGGAUAUAUAUUCUAAGUAACAUUAAAUUUGAAUAAAACCUUUUGAAAUAUGAGAAGUAUCUAUUAUUUUGAACUGAGUCUUAUACAGUAUGUGCGUAGUCGAUACUCGUAUAUAAAUCUAAAUUUUUUAUUGCUUUAUUUUAUACUAUUUAUCAUUCUCUCUCAAGCCUUGUUGUAAUUUAUGGAAAAAUAAAAAUACAAAAUAUCACUGAAAAAUUAAA